GCGCGGUCGGCCUCGAGGUCUGGCCACGCCCCCACGCCGGUGCCGUUCGGGGUCCUUCCAUGAGCGUUGAUAUGAUUGGCCGGCGAAAAAUAGUCCUCUUUUCCUUCCUGGCUGCUUGACGAUCAGCCGCCAUCAUGAAUGACACAGUAACUAUCCGGACCAGGAAGUUCAUGACCAACCGACUACUUCAGCGGAAACAAAUGGUCAUCGAUGUCCUUCAUCCUGGGAAGGCAACAGUACCUAAGACAGAAAUUCGGGAAAAACUAGCCAAAAUGUACAAGACCACACCAGAUGUCAUCUUUGUGUUUGGAUUCAGAACCCAUUUUGGUGGUGGCAAGACAACUGGCUUUGGCAUGAUUUAUGAUUCCUUGGAUUACGCGAAGAAGAAUGAGCCCAAACAUAGGCUUGCAAGACAUGGCCUGUAUGAGAAGAAAAAGACCUCAAGAAAACAGCGAAAGGAACGCAAGAACAGAAUGAAGAAAGUCAGGGGGACCGCAAAGGCCAAUGUUGGUGCUGGCAAAAAGAAGGAGUAAAGAUUCUGCAGUGACUGUAUCUGUGGUGAUUGUGCAGAUUUUUCAUGAGAGAGUUAAUAAACUAAGACCUUUGACAUGUCUGGUUGUU